AUGGAAAUGGUGACCGAUCAGACUUUCAUUAAGAAAAAGUCAAAGAGAGAGAUGGAAGUGAGGCAAUUUAAAAAGUUCAUGGAGAUGCUCACGAUGUUACAAGUAAAUAUUCCAUUUUGUGAUGCCCUGGAACAAAUGCAUGUCUAUGCCAAAUUCAUGAAAGAGAUUCUAAAUGGUAAACACAAAUUAAAGGAUGAUGAAAAUGUUGCUUUAGUUGAGGAAUAUAGUGUCAUCAUUAAACAUAAGCUACCAUCCAAACUAUCAAAUCCAAAUAGAUUUACUAUUCUUUGCUCUAUAGGUUCAUUAGAAAUUGGUCAAGGACUGUGUGACUUAGGGGCGAUCAUCAAUUUAAUGCCAUUGUAUAUAAUGAAGAAAUUAAAUUAUGGAGAGCCAAAACCUGCAAAAAUGACUUUGACUUUGGUCGGCCGAUCAGUCACAUACCUCUACAGAGUACUGAAAGACGUGUUGGUAAUGGUUGAUGAUUUACUUUUUCCCACUGAUUUUGUCAUCUUGGAUAUGCCAGAAGAUUUCAAAAUACCAUUAUUGUUAGGAAGACCUUUCCUUGCUACAGGAAGGGCUUUGAUUGAUGUAGAAAGAGGAUAA